AUGAGCAAGAUUCUAAAUUACGGCUCCAUCAACGUUGACGAAUCCUUCAUUGUACCCCACAUUUGCUUGUCAGGCGAAACUUUGUCGUCCACAGAUUAUGUUGUUCGCGCUGGUGGAAAAGGUGCAAAUCAGUCAAUUGCGUUUGCAAAGGCAGGUGGACGUGUUUACCACUCUGGCAACUUUGGAUACGACGCUGUUUGGAUUAAGGAUUUUAUGAGCGAAAAUGGAGUUGACAUGACCUAUUCAAGGGUCAAAGAAAAUGAGAGAAAUGGGCGUGCAUUCAUCCAAGUCAGUAAAGAGACGGGUGACAAUUGUAUCGUGCUCUAUCCUGGCACCAAUGGCACUUACACUGUGGAAGAGGCUGCUACUGUGCUCGAGUCGUUUGGCCCUGGCGACUGGAUCGUACAACAAAAUGAAAUCAGCCAUGGUGGCGACAUUAUGAAGUUGGCUGCUGAAAAGGGGCUCAAUGUGUUUUUUAAUCCAGCACCUUUGACAAAGGGUAUUCUCCAAGAAUUUCCCUUUGACAAGGUUACAAUUCUCGUCGUCAAUGAGCACGAGGCACAAGCCUUAUACGAGGAGCUUGGUGGCAAUAAGAAUGAUGUUGUUGGUUUGGAUUUGGCAACUGAGCUCUUGCACAACUUUGACAAAAUGCAAGGCAUUGUAAUCACAUUGGGCGGUGCUGGUGUGGUAGCUAAAUUCAGACAAGGAGAUCAGACUCAAGAUUUUAAGGUGCCUAGCAGAAAGGUUAAUGUAAAGGAUACUACUGGUGCAGGAGAUACAUUUGUCGGCUACUUUUUGGCUGCUUUCAUCCGAGCCGAGAAAGAAGAGUAUUUCCACAGAGUCGAGGUGGCAUUGCAGGAGGCUAAUUUUGCGUCGUCCAUUGCAGUUCAACGCGAAGGAUCAAUGGCAUCUGUUCCUUGUAUCAAAGAAGUACAUGAAGCCAUGCAUAAUCAAUAA